AUGCCCGAAGAGGCAAAAUACCUCAACUUCUCCCCCGCCCCUCAAGGCUCAAAACACGAGGAUGGCACCCCAGUCCUGAACAGAUAUUCCACCGUGCUGACUCGCGGCCAUGAUUCCCCUGCAGCACAGGCAAUGCUCUACGCCGCCGGUGUCCCUGACCGAAAUGCCAUGAAAAAGAGUCCCCAAAUCGGAGUUGCGUCGGUCUGGUGGGAAGGAAACCCGUGUAAUAUGCACUUGUUGGAUUUGGGGAAGACGGUGAAGAAAGCUAUCACGGAUAGAGGGUCUAUUGCGUGGCAGUAUAAUACCGUCGGUGUUUCGGAUGGGAUUACCAUGGGGACUGAGGGAAUGAGAUUUUCUUUGCAAACACGAGAAUUGAUCGCCGACAGCAUUGAAACGGUCACUUGUGCGCAAUAUCAUGAUGCAAAUAUUUCCAUACCCGGUUGCGACAAGAACAUGCCUGGUGUUAUUAUGGGCAUGGCUCGACACAACCGACCCUCCAUUAUGAUUUACGGCGGCACCAUUGCCGUCGGAUACUCCGAAUUACUACGAAAGAGAAUCAACAUCUCCACCUGCUUCGAAGCUGCAGGUGCCUAUGCUUACGACACGCUCCGCCAACCGGAUGAUGGAGGAGAUACGAGUAAAAACAAAGACGAGAUUAUUGAAGAUCUUGAACGUCACGCUUGUCCUGGUGCGGGUGCUUGUGGUGGAAUGUUCACGGCGAAUACGAUGGCCACGGCUAUUGAGUCGAUGGGACUGACUCUUCCGGGUUCCUCGUCGACGCCGGCUGAGUCACCUACGAAGAUGCGUGAGUGUGUCAAGGCAGCUGACGCUAUCCACGUCUGUAUAGAGCAGGAUAUUACUCCACGCAAGCUUCUUACGAAGCGAUCCUUUGAGAAUGCGCUAGUCAUGACCAUGGCCCUGGGCGGUAGUACGAAUGCGGUUCUGCACUUCUUGGCCAUGGCAAGAACCGCCGAGGUUGAUUUGACGCUGGACGACUUCCAGAGAGUCAGCAAUAAAAUUCCCUUUAUUGCUGACCUGGCGCCGAGUGGUAAACACUACAUGGCUGAUCUGUAUGACGUUGGCGGUAUUCCAUCCGUGCAUAAACUCUUGAUUGCCGCAGGACUGCUGGAUGGCGACAUUCCCACUGUGACGGGCAAGACUCUUGCUCAGAAUGUGGAAUCUUUUCCUUCACUUGCUCAGGACCAGGCCAUCAUCAGACCCUUGAACAAUCCCAUCAAGCCUACCGGACAUAUACAAAUCCUCCGUGGUAAUUUAGCCCCAGGAGGCGCAGUGGCCAAGAUCACCGGCAAAGAAGGCUUGAAAUUCACCGGCAAAGCUCGCGUCUUCAACAAAGAGCACGAACUCAACGACGCACUCGCCAAAAGCCAAAUCCCUCGCGACGAAAACCUGGUUCUAAUCGUCCGCUACGAAGGUCCCAAGGGCGGCCCCGGAAUGCCCGAACAGCUGAAAGCCAGCGCGGCUUUGAUGGGCGCCAAACUCGCAAACGUGGCUCUACUCACGGACGGGAGAUACUCGGGUGCUAGCCACGGUUUUAUUGUUGGCCACAUUGUCCCCGAAGCCGCAGUUGGCGGUCCAAUUGCGCUCGUGCAGGAUGGCGACGUGAUUACGAUUGACGCAGAGACAAAUGAGCUCAAGAUGGAUGUUUCAGAAGAAGAAUUGGAAAGACGAUUGAAGAGUUGGCAGCCACCCAAGCCGCAGGUGACACGGGGCGUAAUGGCCAAGUACGCCAGGCUGGUAGGGGAUGCGUCCCAUGGGGCGGUGACUGAUUUGUUUUAA